AAAAGCAGGAGAAUAGUAGACUUAAAUUAUUAUUUUCUUAACACAUCGGCAUAUUUUGCAGCAAAUUGCUGCAUAAAUUACCAUUGAAAUCGGUAGUUAUGAUUUAACGAAAGCUUAUUUACAACUUUUAGUAAUUCUACUCAUUAAAUGCAAAAUUGCGUUAAUCGAUAAGAUAUCGAUAUGUUGGCCACAGUGCUGCACUUAGUCCAUCGCUAAUAAUAAUCAAUAAACAGAGCAAUUUUGGGUAGCAAAAUACCAAUUUUUGUAUGAAAAAAACUGUAUACAAAGAGUGUUUGAUAAAGAGACGGUGAGUAAAAUAUGUCCAACGAAAAAGUGGACGACUGUGACAAAAAUCAGAAAGUAGAACACACAAAACAGACAACAAACAGUGUGUCGCACGAUGAUGACUCGGAAUCGGAUGAAUAUCAAUCGGCGGGCGAGGGUGACGACGAUGACGAUACAACAACAGCAACGGCAACAACAGCUACAUCAACAGCCACAGCUGCCCCCAUCAUACCUUCCCCACUAUCAGAUGAUUGUGUCGAGUUUCCAAUGCAUCGCAGCGUUUUCGAGAACGACAUACGAACGCUGCAACGUCGCUUGCUAUUGAGCACUGCCGCAAAGGAAGUGGCCGAAAAAGAUAAACAUGGUAAUACGCCCCUGCAUCUGGCCGUUAUGCUGGGGCGCACCUGCUGUGUCCGCCUGCUGCUCGCCAACAAUGCGCCCGUCAAAGUGAAGAACAACGAGGGCUGGUCACCGCUGGCCGAGGCCAUCAGUUACGGCCAUCGGCAAACCAUCACGCAGCUGCUACGCAUGCUGAAAUUGCAGUCGCGUGAGCACAUGGAGAGCCGUCGUGAACGUCUCGUGGAGGCACUACGUCAGAUGCAGGACUUUUACAUGGAGUUCAAGUGGGACUUUCAGUCGUGGCUGCCGCUCGUCUCUCGCAUUCUGCCCUCGGACAUUUGCCGUCUGUACAAGUGCGGUGCCUCCCUGCGCCUAGACACAACGUUGGUGGACUUCAAUGACAUGCGCUGGGAUCGUGGCGAUAUAUCGUUUCUAUUCCGUGGCGAGGCGGCGCCAAAUGAGUCCCUAGUGCUGCUGGAUAACGAGCAGCAGUGCUAUCAGCGAUUGCGCUAUGAGGAGUCCGACAUGGAGGACGAAGUUGAUGUGCUGAUGUCCACCGACAUUUUGGCCACCCAAAUGUCCACGAAAACAAUACAGUUCGCACGGGCUCAGCGUGGCUGGCUGUUCAGGGCUAAUCGCAAGGAACUGAUAGGCGGGCAAUAUCAAUGCGAGAUCUAUACUAUUCAGGGUCUGGUGCUGAAGCAGCGAAAGCGGCGUGAGCACUUGUCGCACGAGGAUUUGCAAAAGAACCGCGCCAUCGUUGAGACAAUCACCAAAGGCGGCAACCAUACGGAUUCGAAUGCGGCCACAACUCCCAAUGGCAGCAAUCUAACAUUGCCGGAGCUGCCGCGUCGCAGCUCGCUGCCACCGCCGCCCACCACGACGGUCACCUGGUCGCAGUAUAUUGAAGCGCCCGUGGGAAAAUGCCCGCAGCUAGGCCGGGCGCCGGUUAACAAGCAAUCAAACAAAACGCUGCGGGCAACGGUUGCUAUGAGCACAGAUUUUCCGCUUAGCGUGGACAUGUUGCUGGACGUACUGGAGGUGGUGGCACCGCUCAAGCAUAUCAACAAGCUGCGCGAGUUUGUCACACUCAAGCUGCCCACGGGUUUCCCCGUUAAGAUUGAGAUACCCGUGCUCCAUACGGUUACCGCCAAGGUGACCUUUCAGAAGUUUGAGUUUCGCGACAAUAUACCCGCUAAGCUAUUCGAGAUACCCGCACAUUAUUGGGAGGAUGUGCGGCGCUUUCAGGACUUAUGACCUAGCGAUGAAUCAUCGUCGUCCUCAUCAGCUGCCAAUACGCCGAGCGCCGUCAAGCAGAUCGAUUUGAAUCGCAACAGCAGUAGAAACAGAUGCGAGGAUUCCAAUCGUACGCCGAUUUCCGAUUUUGAUUAAAGCGGCUCCUGUUGCUGCUACUACUGCUGAUGUUGCUGCUGGGCCAGGCCAAGCCUCCACGGUCGAUCCAAUCCACAAUUAGCACCAAUCACCACCUAGUGCACCUGUAAACAUUCGCGCUCCCUGCUCCCACAAGUUGAUGAUGUAUGUCACAAGAAAAUUGCAAUUUUUACCAUAAAUUAUCAAUCAGUUAAAUUAUCGAAGUGUCCCCGAAUUUGUAGAAGUUGUCUUUGUUUUUGUCAAUUAAAAUGUGACGCUAUGAAAAUUGCAAUUUCAGACUAGCAAAUAGAAACUAGAAACUAGAAACUUGGCAAUGAAUUUGAUAUGGAGCUGUGGCUCAUGUUGAACCCCUUCCCUAAAAACCCUGCAUUCUUAAUUUAUUAAGUGGAAUUCAGAGUUAGUGUAACAGAUCCAUGAAGCGAUAGCAAAUUCUGUUUCGAUAUAGAGUAUUAUCCGAGUCUAUGUCUAUGUCUGUAUGUAUAUAAAGCAUAUACAAUGUAAAAGUACAUUCAAUAUGCAUACGUCAUUUA